CUGAAAUAAUCUUAACGCUGAUUUGAUCAAACAAAAAAUGUAUUUACAACGAAUGUGGAAUGUGUAGUGUUCGGUGACUCCGCUAAGUCGGUGUAGAUACCUGCAAAUUAAUUCUCCUUAACUCAAAACAUCAAUAAAUCUGGUUUUAUUUAGUUUAGUUUGAUUUAGUUGAUGACAAUUACCUUUUAGGUGAUGGGUAAAAUAAUGUCGCAAAUAUUGGGCAAGAUCUUAUUAUGUUUGGUUUUCAUGGUGGCUGUGGUUCAGUGCUACAACGUUUUAAUAGUUUUUCCAGGGCUCUCACAUAGCCACUUCAAACUAGGAAAUUCUCUAGGAAGAGCAUUGGCCAAAAGCGGUCAUGAUGUGACUGUGGUAAGCCCUUUCGAGGAUAAAAAUCCUCCUAGUGGUUAUAGUGAAGUAAAGCUAACUGGAUUUUUUGAAAAAAGAGAUGAGGUAGCGGAUAUCAACGUUUUUGACUUUGAACAUAUCAAUCCAUUUGUACAAGUCUUUUUCAUGAACAUGCUUCUAACUGAAGGUGCUAACUUCGUAUUAAAUCAUCCAAAUUUGCAAAAACUUUUGGAUUCAAAUAAAACUUUUGAUGUUAUAAUUCUUGAACAGUUUAAACAUGAAGGUUUACAUGUUCUGCAAUGCCACUAUAAAGCUCCAUUAAUAUUAUUAAAUACAGUAGGGUCGAACGUUUGGAUCAACCCAUACGUCGGCAAUCCUGCACCCCCGUCAUAUAUCCCAGAUACUUUCUUGAAGUACUCAGCAAGGAUGAAUUUCUGGGAAAGAGCGUUUAAUUCUAUUAUAAUACUAACUGAACAUGUUCUAAUGGACUUUUUUAUACAUCGAAAGCAAUUUGCAAUGGCUGUCGCCAAGUUUCCACAUUGUGCAAAUGAUAAUUUCUCCAACAAUAUAUCUUUAGUAUUUUUAAACGCUCAUGAAAGCAUAACGCAGCCAGUACCUUUGGUACCUAAUAUGAUUAAUAUAGGUGGAUUUCAUAUUGAUCCCCCCAAAGAAUUACCAAAAGAUUUAAAAGACCUGUUAGAUGGUGCCAAGGAAGGUGUAAUCUACUUUAGUUUGGGUUCUAACAUCGAAAGUUCUGAUAUAAAACCAGGAAUAAAGCAGGAUAUUAUCAAGUCCUUAGGAAAACUAAAGCACAAGGUACUAUGGAAAUAUGAAGAUGAAGAUUUUAAAUCACCGAAAAAUGUAGAGAUAAGGAAAUGGUUGCCUCAGCAGGAUAUAUUAGCUCAUCCAAAUGUCAAACUAUUUAUUACACAUGGAGGUCUUCUUAGUCUGACAGAGUCUGUGCAUUUUGGAGUUCCUGUUCUAGUAUUGCCAGUAUUUGGAGACCAAAAAAUGAAUGCUGCUAAAGUGGAGGGUAUGGGUUAUGGUGUUCAAAUACCCUUUUCACAAAUAACUGAAGAACGACUGGACGAUGCCUUAAACAAAUUAUUGAACGAUCCCAAAUAUUUUAAAACAGCAAGGAAAUUAUCGGACUUAUCUCGUGAUCGUCCGGUUAAUCCAAUGGAUUUGGCAAUUUACUGGACAGAAUAUAUUGCCAAACACAAAGGAGCUCCGCACUUGCGUGUAGCUGCACUGGAUCUUACCUGGUAUCAGUAUUUGCUGCUGGAUGUCAUUGCAUUUGCAGUUAUUGUGAUCAUCGUGACAUUUACAACUCUCUUUAUUUUGUGCAGAAAGUGUUGUUGUAGAAAGAAUAAAAAAGCGAAAGUAGAUUAAAAAAAAUAUUCUU